UCUGGCAGAUUUUCAAUUUUGCUUCGUCGUGUUCUUCUAAUUUUGAUGGAGGUAGCCAUUGCCAGCUUCUAGUUUCUUGCGUAUGGUGCUUGCAUAUCAGAACAGUUGUGGGAGCGCUAUCAUAUUCAUGGGGAUGUUUGUAUCUCUAAUAAAUAAUCAAAAUAACCCUUCUUUAUUUUGCCACCCAUUUCCAUCGCCCGACCCCACGUUAUCAUUCCCCGUUUCUCACUGCCUGCGCUGUGUUUGUCCCACGCCUCUCUGCCAAUUGACCUCCUUCUUUACACGUUCCUCUAUUCCUUACCUCCAUUCUCGCAUCCAAGUUUCCCGACGGGCGCUUAAUCGGACAGAGCUGGGGUUGUGGGCAUUCAAUGGGUCGGGUGAAUGAGAAGCUUGUGGCCUUUUUGAACAACCGAUGGUUGGUUUUUGUGGCUGCAAUAUGGGUACAAUCUUGCGCCGGAAUUGGGUAUCUUUUCGGAAGCAUAUCGCCGGUGAUCAAGACGAAUUUGAGUUAUAAUCAGAAGCAAAUUGCGCGGCUCGGUGUCGCGAAGGAUCUUGGCGAUAGCGUUGGCAUUUUGGCCGGAACCUUGUCGGAGAUAUUGCCGUUCUGGGGAACUUUAUUAGUCGGUGCUCUCAAUAACUUUAUUGGGUAUGGUUGGGUUUGGCUCAUCGUCACUGGUCGAGCUCCUGUUUUGCCUCUCUGGGCUAUGUGCGUUCUUGUGUUUGUGGGAACGAAUGGGGAGACAUACUUCAACACAGUUUCUUUGGUUUCUUGCGUACAAAACUUUCCGAAGAGUAGGGGUCCGGUGGUAGGGAUCUUGAAAGGCUUUGCUGGUUUAAGUGGUGCAAUUUUGACUCAAAUAUAUGCAAUCAUGCAUUUCCCUGAUUCAGCCAAUCUUAUUUUCAUGAUAGCAGUAGGUCCUGCUCUUGUGGCUAUUGGUAUGAUGUUCUUUAUCCGACCCGUUGCUGGUCAUCGACAAGUGAGGCCGUCCGAUGGCAUGAGCUUUAGUAGUGUUUAUGGUGUCUGCCUCCUUUUGGCUGCAUAUCUAAUGGGAGUCAUGCUUGUUGAGGAUCUUGUUGAUUUGAGCCCCACUGUGAUAGCCAUUUUCACUGCUGUUAUGUUUGUUAUCCUUCUUACUCCCUUUUUGAUUCCUGUGAUAUUGACUUUUAGCUCGGAAACAAUGGCGUAUCCCGAGCAAGAGGCUCUCUUGCAACAGUCACCUAAACAGGAGCCUGCUAGAUCUGAACCAGAUGGUCAUGAAGUGAUAUUUAGUGAGGUCGAAGAUGAAAAAUCGGAGGGAGAGGACUUACUCCCUGCAUUGGAGCGACAAAAACGCAUUGCUCAGUUGCAAGCAAGACUAUUGCAGGCAGCUGCAGAAGGAGCAGUACGAGUCAAGAGGAGGAAGGGUCCUCGUAGAGGGGAGGACUUUACUUUGGGUCAAGCUUUGAUCAAAGCAGACUUUUGGCUUAUAUUCUUCUCCCUUCUCCUUGGCUCUGGAACUGGGUUGACCGUGAUCGAUAACCUCGGACAGAUGAGUCAGUCUUUAGGCUAUGAUAAUACGCAUAUUUUUGUAUCCCUGAUCAGCAUAUGGAACUUUCUUGGCCGGGUUGGUGGCGGUUACUUCUCUGAGAUCGUUGUGAGAGAUUAUGCUUAUCCAAGGCCCAUUGCUAUGGCAACUGCACAAUUCCUUAUGAUAUUUGGGCAUAUCUUCAUCGGUAUGGGAUGGCCCGGGGCAAUGUACAUUGGCACACUCAUCACGGGGCUCGGAUACGGGGCUCACUGGGCAAUUGUGCCUGCUACUGCCUCGGAGUUGUUUGGGUUGAAAAAGUUCGGGGCUUUAUACAACUUCCUGACUCUCUCAACUCCGAUGGGAUCUCUGAUAUUUUCGGGCCUAAUUGCGAGCAGUAUAUAUGAUAGUGAAGCAGAGAAGCAAGCACAUAAUGGUCUCUCACAGCUGCAGAGCUCCUCAUCAGUUUGGUUCAGCAGACUUCAUGUCGAUGCACCGCUCAAGUGCGACGGUGCUAUAUGUUUCUUUCUAACUUGUAUGAUAAUGGCUGGAUUCUGUGCUAUUGCAGGCAUGUUAAGUUUGAUUUUGGUGCACCGGACAAAAGGUGUGUACUACAACCUGUACGGAAAAUCCCGAGCUUCGACGCUCUCCUAGACCGGUUUCAUUCGUCGUGUUAUUCUUUUUCAUGUUUUUUAUUUUGAGAUCGAGUGAAUUAUUUGCUCGGAUGGCAUUGCAAGAACGACACGAGAACCCGAAAUGGAUAUUUGCUUCACUGUUA